UGUACAACUCACCACUCGUACUACAAAAAAAUAGCACAGAACAAUACAGUCCGCGAUUAAAGAUAAAAAUUAAAUAGGCAUGUCAGCAAUUUUACCGGUUUUUUUAUUUAAUUUGUCAUGCUAUCUUUAAUCGUGUAGUCGUGUGAUGCGUAGCCGUGGCGGUCAGACUGUGCCACCUGUGAUUUGUGUACAAAUAACAAUCACAGUAUGACGUGAAAAGAUUUAAGUGCCGGCGGAGUGGAAAUUCGUUAUUUCAACGUCGGACGUUCAGUCACAGGAUAGGUUUCGUAAGUUUCGUUGACGGUAAACACUUGACGCUGCACACGGUCUCAAGUGUCGACUACUUGAGCGAUGCGAAUCGUCAUUGGACGAAAAAUCACACUUAGUUUUCCACCAUGUCAAAGUGCAACGUGACCACCGAUGCGGUUUAGCUGACAAAUAUUUUCACAAUUCAUACAACAUUAAACAUAUUUUUAAAGACCCGUGAAAUGACGAGUUAACGUUUACUCGAUUCCUUCAGGCUUCCGCCAUGUAUCUGACCAAUAUGAGAAUACUGAAGGUAUUCUCGUCAUAUAAGUUUCGCUUUUGUAUUGCAUUUAUUGUUGUACUCAGUUUUUGGCAAAUAUUCAGGGCCAUAACAAACAGCAAUAAACAGAAACUAAUUCAUUCUUCACGUGAUCUGAAAAAUGACAACUCUUUAAUGGCUAAGAGUGUAAAAGAUAUGAAAUAUCUUCCAGUUGGUGUAUACUAUGAAGCAUUGUGUCCAGAUUCAAGAAAUUUUAUACUUCAGCAUUUAGUUCCGUCUUUUAAUAAAGCACCAGACAGUUUUGAUAUUGAAUUUGUUCCUUAUGGAAAAGCCAAGACACAUGAAAAUGCUGAUGGCUCAAUAAUAUUUGCUUGUCAACAUGGACCAAUAGAAUGUCAUGCAAAUAAAAUUCAUUCGUGUGCUACUCAACAUAUAAAAGAUAAAAAUGUUUUGGUCAAAUAUGUAUCGUGCAUGAUUGAUAAUAACUAUGAUCCAGAAAUGAUCGGAAUGCUUUGUGCCAAAAAAUACAAUAUUAAUUGGAAUAAAAUUUAUACUUGUUCAGAAGGAAAAGAAGGUGAUUUAUUAUUAAAACUAAAUGGUGAAGCAACGGACAAACUGUGGCCUCAAGUUUCAUUCAUCCCAACAAUUUUGAUUAACCAUGAACAACCCAGACAAGCUUCUGUCUUGAAAGAUUUUUGGGGUGUCGCUUGCAGUUAUUUUCCUCCUGAAUCAAAGCCUGCUGCUUGUUAAAUAUCGAUAAUCACCAGUUUUUUUUUUUAUUGACAAUGAAGGUAAACAAUAUUUUAUUAAAAGUUAUUAACUUAUUAUAAGAGAAUUUUGUGAUAUUUAAAUUAAACUUUAUACUUUUUUACUGUUAAUUUUUAUUUGUUGUGAGUUUGUGACCAUAAUGGAAAAAUUAUAUGUAUGUGUACUGUAUAAUAUAAACAUUAUAAACUAAGUAUACUAUACAAAUUACAAAUAAAACUACAUUGUAUUAAGUAUUGAACAUUAUAAUUAUAAUUUGCUUAUACUUUUUCGAUACGUAUUAUUUAUACUAUAACAUGUAUUUUUUGUGCUACACUAAUUUUCUGUGUACCUUAUUAAAU